AUGUGGAUCCCAAUGCCACGAGUGCGGGAUAACGGGAAGGAAGUACACUACGGCAAUAUAGUGGACCAGGCUUUACGAUGGGCUGGCGUGGUGUCUCGGGUGUUGGCAGCACCAUCCUCCAAAAGGAACCGACUGACACUAUUUUCCGUCAACGCUCCGGAGUUUCCCAUCCUCCUGCUGGGGUCUCUAGCUGCCGGCGCCACUGUCAGUACAGUCAGCCCCAGCUAUACUGCCGAUGAGGUUGCACGACAGCUUAUAGACAACGAGACAGACAUGCUGGUGACUGACCCCAAACUGGAGAGUAUACUGAUAGAUGCCUUGACGAAGAUUAAAAAGACGAUUCCUAUUUUUAUCAGCGGUGUCUCUGCCCACGGUCACCCCAACAUCAGGCAUAUUCUGGAAGACUCCUCUAAACCCUUCGCCGAGCCUGUUCAGUCUCCCCUGAAGUCAACAGCAGUGAUUCUGUACUCCAGCGGCACCACUGGGAAGCCCAAGGGUGUGGAGCUCUCCCACGGUGCCAUCACCUCCAACCUCCAUAUGUUCACUCAUCCAUAUUUCUUUCCUUACCUGCCAACAACACGUAAGAGAGAGAUUAUAUAUAUAGUACAGUUACUGACUUCCUAUACAACAUAUAUUAUUUCGUAUAUAAAUUUGGAAAUAAAAUUUCUGCCAUUAGACCGACAUUAUAUGUCCCCAUAUGUAGUUGAGAACUUUAAACCUAACAAAUUAUAUACCUACCUCCCUCUCCAUAUGCCUCUCACCUCCAGAAGAGUACAAGAAUCAGUCAUUGGAGUGAUGCCCUUCUAUCACGUCUAUGGUAUGCACGUUGUCAACUUGAUCACCCUCUACCUGGGAGCUAAGGUCAUCUCGCUGCCUGCCUUCACUCCUCAAGACUUUGUUAGGAACAUUAGAGAUCACAAGCCCACAGAAGAGUUUGGGUUUGAUGUCCGCCGUGGAGCUGCAGUGUUGUCAAUGGAAGACAUCGUCAUGCAGAAUCGGGGUGGUCAAUCUUCAAAGGAAGACACGGUAGUGUUGGGCUGA